UUAAAUCCUAGAGACGUAGUUUGAGGUUUACUAAUAAUUGUUGACCAUAUUGACUGUUGCUAUUUAUCAGAGGAAUUGACAGGUUUUGGGUACUAGGUGGCACUCUAGGUGACAGGUUGGUUGGGGUGUUGUUGUGACAGGUGCGCUACUUAGUUUGCUAAAAACAAUUGCAGUGCAGAAACUGCAAAUCUGUCUACCUGCCUGGGUGCCUGCAUGCAUUUGUCUGUCUGUUAAUUUCGGCUUUGCCACAUCAGGGUAGUUACUGACUGCAUUUUUUAACUAGACCUGAUACAAUGUGUGCUGGCCUGCUGAUGAAAUCAAGACAAUUGUACAGUAUAUUUGCGCAAAAAAUCACAACUACAGGAGCUGACAAAAUUGCCAUUAAUGAUAGCAUGCAUACAGCAUAAGUUGUAUUGUGAUGUGCUAAUUAUUUUUCUGUGUAUUUCUUCUUGACAUGGUCUGUCUGUCAACCUGUGUAUGUGUGUCUGUCUGUCUGUCUGUCUGUCUGUCUGUCUGUCUGUCUGUCUGUCUGUCUGUCUGUUUGUGUGUCUGUCUGUCUGUGUGUCUGUCUUUCUGUCUUUCUGUCUGUCUGCAAACAAGAGAAUACAUUGAUAUUGUCACCAGGACCUAUACAGCUAUGUUCUUUCUCUGUAAAGGCCGGUUACAAUUCACUGCUAGUUUAUUCGGACGUCAAGAUGACACCAAAGACUGGAAUCUCAUCAAAGUCAGCGACGGAUCGAGGGACAUUGUAUGCAGUGGUAAACACUUGAUGUGCGAAGAUGUUCCGUUCUUUCAAUUACACAGCACUUUUUAUAAAUCAUAUUUGAUCAACUUGCAUAUAAAGCGCCUUCAAACGCUGCAAAGGCGGUUUUAUCUGAGAGACAUCUGGUUUUCGAUAAUCCACUGGAAUACAAAAUUCAGUAAGAUUUUCUUGUCACUGAAGACGGUGCUCUUUCCUGUCAGUCUGCUACUUCUCGUUUGGUAUGGCUAUCACACGUUUGGUAAAGGUCGUCAGUCGUGGCUACUGGAGAGACUUGCGUUCACACUUGGAGUGUCAGUGGUUAUACUAAACUUGCCGGUUGACUGGAUUAUGCUCACAGCUGAUGCUCCUGGGUUGACACUUUGGCAUGAUCUUCGUCAAGGGUUUUUCUAUGCUGCCAUUUGCUGCUUUUGGCUUAUCUUUGUCAGUGAACAUGUUUAUGACGAGCAACCAAAUAAUUCCCUCAAGAGCUACUGGAAAUUUAUCAUCCCAAUCAUUCUUACAUGCCUGGCUACAUUAGUUUAUGGUCUCGUUGAAAGGGGUAUGCAGAUCAACAAUCCGUUUCACACUGUAUGGACAACUGAAGAUGUGAUUGGAUUACUUUGGGCUUUUCUCAUACUGAUUGGAUGUCUUGCGGGUAUUUUUGCUGUUGUACUUAUUGUUCUGAUUGCUAUGGCAGUAUUACGUAUGUGUCGACAGAGGAACAACAGUGCAAGAGACAAGACAAAGAGUUUUCGUCUUGGUUUUCUUCUUAUCGCGACUCUUGUGACCGGUCUUAUGACCAUUGGUGGCUGGAUUGCAGUGAACAUCUAUGAAUAUCAACUAAGUUCUGGCGAAACAAUGUCACUGGAAAUAUCAAGUGCGUUCCAAACGGGUGUCUACGGACUAUGGAAUUUGUAUUCAUUUGCGGUUAUGAUUUUAGUCUCACCUGCAAAGCCCAGGGAGUACGAUGAAAUUACUGACAUCCAACUGGAGCAAAGGAAAACAGAAGGGAACGACAGUAGCCGUCGUCGCCUAAUUCAUACAACAGCUCACUCGGAAUCAACCUCUAUGUAGACGCUUGACGAUGGCUCGUAGGUACAGUGCAGUAUAAUCCAUCAAAGUAGUUGUGAUUGUCUCUGAGUACAGCAGCUUGGGUAAUUCUGUAGUUUUGCACUAGGUAUUUGCGUCACAGAGAUUCUAAUAUUGUGAGCCUUGGUGAAAAGAUUUAUGGUAGAAAGGACUUAACAAAGUGCAGUUUUAGUUGACAGUUUGAGGUUCUAAUGAUAGACUAUAUAUGUGUAUGUUGUCUUGCGGCUUGAAGUAUAACUAACAAUCAUUACAAUUUAUUGCAAGACA